CGGUUUUAGAGAUGCUGUUCAGUGAUCCACACCCACAGUGAUUUGAUCUCACACUCAGUAAUGCUGUAAACAGUUGAUCACUGACGUCCAGGAGGUGAAGAUAUCGUUUCUUUAAUGUCAGACACGGUGUCCUGAAAUAUAAAGGGAUGAAGGUUCUCUGGGUGAUGCUACUGACUUUCUCUCGCUUAAUGGAGACCAUGUCAGAACGCUUUAAGGUAGUGGGUCCAAAUGCUCCUCUUGUUGGUAAAACUGGUGAAGAUUUGAUUCUGCCCUGUUCUCUCCAACCCAACAUCAGUGCUGAGGAUAUGAAGGUGGAGUGGGUCAGAACAGAUCUGGCUGUAAAAGAUGCGCUAGUUCACCUGUAUGAAGAUUAUAAAGACAGAAAUGGAGAUCAGAUGGAGUCUUACAGAGGGAGAACAGCUCUGUUUCUAGAAGAACUGAAGAAAGGAAACGCCUCACUGAAACUCUCAGCACUCCAACCUUCUGAUGAUGGAGUUUACAAGUGUUUAAUUAGAUCAUUUGACUGGAAUGGUGACAUAACUCUCCGUAUUGAAGUUAAUGUACAAUUUAAAGUGGUGGGUCCAGCUGCUCCUCUUGUUGCUGUAGCUGGUGAAGAUCUGGUUCUACCCUGUUCUCUCCAACCCAGCUUCAGUUCUGAGGGUAUGAGAGUGGAGUGGUACAGACUGCAUCAGACAGACACACUGGUACAUCUGUAUGAAGAUUAUAAAGACAGAAAUGGAGAUCAGAUGGAGUCUUACAGAGGGAGAACAGCUCUGUUUAAAGAAGAACUGAAGAAAGGAAACGCCUCACUGAAACUCUCAGCUCUCCAACCGUCUGAUGAUGGAGCGUACAAGUGUUUAAUAGAGUAUGGAUUGCAGUAUGAUGAUAUAACUCUUUAUGUUGAAGUUAAAGGAAAAGGUUUUCAUGGUUGGAAGAUUACCAUCAUCUGCAUUUCUGUUUUUGCUGUUAUUUUAACAGCUUUUACAGUUUACAUCUGGAGAGAUAAAUACUCUGAAAAGCAGCUCUCUCCUACACAGUGCUCAGUUAUAACCUACAUGCGUCUCCACACCGAGAAUCCCCGCAAAGAGCUGGACCUGAGAAAAUUCCGCACAUCAGAGGAAGGAUACAGGAGACUCAUCCCAGCUGUAUCAAACUGCAGGAAGGCUCAAUUAGCUAGCUGUAAUCUCACUGAACAGUCUAUUGAAACGUUAAGUACAGCUCUACAGUCAGAAAACUCCACCCUGAAAGAGCUGGACCUCAGUAACAACGACCUGCAGGGAACAAGGAUGGAGAAACUCUCUGCUGCAUUAAAGAGUUCAAACUGUAAACUGGAGAUACUCAGAUUAGCUGGCUGUAAUCUUACUGAGCAGUCUAUUGAAACCUUAAGUACAGCUCUACAGUCAGAAAACUCCACCCUGAAAGAGCUGGACCUCACUAACAACAACCUGCAGGGAUCAAAGAUGGAGAAACUCUCUGCUGCAUUAAAGAGUUCAAACUGUAAACUGGAGAUACUCAGACUUGCUAUGUGUAAACUCAGUAAACAGUCCUGUACGUCUCUUCAGUCAGUUUUAUCAGAAAUUUCUCUGAAAGUCCUGGACCUCAGUGACAACAACCUGGAGGACUCAGUAGUGGAGAUGCUCUCUGCUGAACUGAACAAUUCACACUGUAAACUAGAGCGACUCAGUCUUGCUAUGUGUAAACUCAGUGAAAAGUCCUGGGAGACCCUGCAGUCAAUUUUACAAUCAAAAAACAACUCUCUGAAAGAGCUGGACCUCAGUAGAAAUAACCUGCAGGAUUCAGGACUGGAGAAACUCUGUGCUGAACUAAAGAGUCCUCCCUGUAAACUGGAGAUACUCAGAAUUGCUUAUUGUAAACUUCAAGGACCUUGCUGUGAAACUUUGGGAUCAGUUUUAAACCUGAAAAACAACUCUCUGAAAGAACUGGACCUCAGUAACAAUGACCUGCAGGAUUCCAUAGAGAAACUCUCUGAUGGACUCAAGAGUUCACACUGUAAACUGGAAACUCUCAGACUAGCUUUGUGUAAUCUUGGGGAACAGUCCUGUGACAGUCUGGGAUCAGUUUUAAAACUGGAAACCUCCUCCCUGAAAGUGCUGGAUCUCAGUAAUAAUGACCUGCAGGAUUCAGGAGUGGAGAAACUCUGUCCUGGACUGAAGAGUUCACACUGUAAACUGGAGAUACUCAGGUUAUCUGGUUGUAUGAUCACAGAGAAAGGAUGUUCAUCUCUGGCUUCAUCUUUAAGUUCAAACCUGAAACAACUGGAUCUGACCUACAAUAACCCAGGAGAGUCUGGAGUGAAAGGGCUCCCUAAUAAACUGAAGAAUCUACACUACAGACUCAGCACACUCAGAGUGGAGCAUGGAGGGAAUAUCAGAAUGAAAACAGGACUAAACAAAUACGGCUGUGAUCUCACACUGGAUCCAAACACAGCGAACAGAUCUCUCUCUCUGAGUGAAGAGAACAGGAGGGUGGAGAGUGGAGGAGAGUAUCAGUCGUAUCCUGAUCAUCCAGAGAGAUUUGAUGAGUGGGCGCAGGUUCUGAGUAGAGAGAGAGUUACUGGACGCUGUUACUGGGAGGCUGAGUGCAGCAGAGGAGGAGCUGAAGUAGCUCUGAGUUAUAAAACCAUCAGCAGGAAAGGAGGAGGUUCAGACUCUGGGUUUGGAGGGAAUGAAAAGUCCUGGAUUCUGAGGAUCUAUAAUAACAGUUACUCUGUUCAUCACAAUAAUAACAGAACUGAUCUCCCUCCUCCUCCCUCUCCCUCUAACAGAGUAGGAGUGUAUGUGGACUGUCCCGCCGGCACUCUGUCCUUCUACAACAUCUCCUCUCAUACACACACACCCUCCUCACACACACCCUCCUCACACACACCCUCACACACACACACAUUCACACACCUACACACAUUCUACACCACAUUCACUGAACCGCUCUAUGCUGGGUUUUAUGUUUAUUAUGGCUCCUCAGUGCAUCUGUGUGAUAUAGAAUAGUGUGUGUUUGUUUGUGUGUGUGUUUGAGAGAGAGAUGGAUUGUGAGUGAUGGUGUUUGUGUGUGUGUGUGUGUGUGUGUGUGUGUGUGUGUGCGUGUGAAAGAGUGUAAGUGUGCAUUAGUAUAUGUCUGAGACUGUGUUUGUGUGAGAAUGUGUGAUUGUGAGAGAGAGAGAGAGAGAGAGAGAGAGAGAGAGAGUGUGUGUAAGUGUGUGUGUGUGUGUGUGUGUGUGCAAAUCUUCAUCAUAAUAAUCUACAAUUAAAUUGUUUAUGUAAAUAUAUUGUUUAUGAUUAUGAGUUUAUUAUUAUUGGUAAUUAAAUCAUUAUGACUGUAAAUAUAUUGUGUAUGAUUGUGAGUUUAUUGUUUAUUAUUGGUAAUUAAAUCAUUAUGAUUGUAAAUAUAUUGUUUAUGAUUGUGAGUUUAUUGUUUAGGAACAGUAAAUAUUAUAAAUAUAAAUAGGACAGAUAUCAGUGAACAGAAGCUCUGAAGAUCUCAGUGAUUUUUAAGCUUCAUCACAGAAAUCUGUUAUAUGAAAUGAUUAUGAGCGUCCUGUAUCUGAUAUCUGAGAAUAUUCUGUACAGAAACUGA